AUCAGUCGCUCCACUCCGCUGCGCCUUUGUUGCUUUUAUUACAGUCGAGCAACGCGCUUUUUUUUUUGUUUUUGUUUGGUUUUCUUUUUUGUUUGUUUGUAGAGAACUAUUCUAUAAGUAUUUCCGAGGAAAGCCGUCCUGCUGGUGAACGACAGCGGAUUUUAUUUUCAGUCUCGCGAUGAGCGGCUGGCAGCCGGCUGGGAGCGCGUGCCACGCCGCGCUCUGGUGAGUGCAUUUCCAAGCCUGCUGUUCUGCAACAACCAUGAAGUCCAGACGAGACAAACUGAAGAUCCCCUCCCUGACUUUAGACUGUCGCAGCAGCAACAGGAAGAGCCUCGGGGUCGGGACGCCCUCACCCACACUGUCCAGGCCACUCUCCCCGCUCUCACUCAGCACGGCUGUGAGCAGCCCUCUGGACAGCCCUCGCAAUGUGUCAGCCGGUGCCUGCCUCAACUUCCCAUUUGCUCGAAGCCACUUGGCUCGUGCGGACAGAGCCGAGGGCCGAAGGUGGUCUCUGGCUUCCCUCCCAUCGUCGGGCUAUGGAACCAAUCCUCCGAGUUCCACCGUCUCGUCCUCCUCGUCCUCCCAGGAGCGUCUUCACCAGCUUCCCUACCAGCCAACACAAGAUGAGCUGCACUUCCUUUUCAAGCACUUUCGCAGCACGGACAGCAUCACGGACGAGGACGGACGGCCCUCCACGGUCGUACGGCCUCGGUCCCGCAGCCUCAGUCCCGGCCGAUCCAGCGUCUCCUUUGAUAAUGAGAUAGUCAUGAUGAACCAUGUUUACAGAGAACGUUUUCCAAAGGCCACAGCUCAGAUGGAGGAGCGCUUGUUUGACAUCAUCACCCACUGCUCUCCAGACAGCUCCCUCCCGUUGGCCGACGGCGUGCUGGGCUUCAUCCAGCACCAGUUGGUCGAGCUGGUCAGAGACUGCCUGGACAAGUCCCAGAAAGGCCUGGUUACUUCCCGCUACUUUGCGGAGCUGCAGGAGAAGCUGGAGAAGCUGUUUCACGAGGCCUACGAACGCUCUGAAAGUGAGGAGGUAACGAUCAUCACCCAGCUGGUGCGCAAGAUCCUCAUUAUAAUCUCCCGACCAGCUCGUCUCCUUGAAUGCCUGGAGUUUGACCCAGAAGAGUUUUAUCAUCUACUUGAGGCGGCAGAGGGUCAUGCCAAAGUGGGCCAGGGGAUCAAGACCGACAUCCCRCGUUACAUCAUCAGCCAGCUCGGUCUGACUCGAGACCUACUGGAAGACAUGGUACAGCUUGAACAUGACGUCAGUCCUUCAGUGUCGGUGGAACCAGAUGCUGCYGUGGAGAACAAAGCCCCUCAGACCCUGACCCCUACUCGAAGGAAACCUCUUGAGAGUGAUUUUGAGACCAUCAAACUUAUUAGUAACGGAGCUUAUGGAGCGGUGUAUCUUGUUCGCCACAAAGAGACACGUCAGCGGUUUGCUAUGAAAAAGAUCAAUCGUCAGAACCUGGUGUUGAGGAACCAGAUCCAGCAGGCGUUUGUGGAGCGGGACAUCCUAACCUUUGCUGAGAACCCGUUUGUUGUUUCCAUGUUCUGCUCCUUCGAGACGCGACGCCACCUCUGCAUGGUCAUGGAGUACGUUGAAGGUGGAGAUUGUGCCAAUUUGUUAAAGAACAUGGGCCCGCUGCCUGUGGAAAUGUCAAGGAUGUAUUUUGCUGAAACAGUCCUGGCACUAGAGUAUCUUCACAACUAUGGCAUUGUUCACCGUGACCUCAAACCUGACAAUUUAUUGAUCACAUCUAUGGGUCAUAUUAAGCUGACAGACUUUGGUUUGUCUAAAAUCGGUUUGAUGAACAUGACCACAAACCUGUAUGAGGGUCACAUGGAAAAGGACACGAGAGAAUUUGUUGACAAGCAGGUGUGUGGUACUCCUGAAUACAUUGCCCCAGAGGUGAUCCUCAGACAGGGCUAUGGGAAGCCGGUGGACUGGUGGGCGAUGGGAAUCAUCCUCUAUGAAUUCCUGGUGGGCUGUGUUCCAUUUUUUGGAGACACUCCUGAGGAGCUAUUUGGACAAGUUGUUAGUGAUGAAAUCAUUUGGCCAGAAGGAGACGAUGCCUUGCCUGUCGAUGCCCAGGACCUCAUCACCCGGCUGCUGAGGCAGAGCCCUUUAGAACGACUGGGGACAGGUGGCGCCUCAGAGGUGAAGCAGCAUCCUUUCUUUCUGGGUUUGGACUGGAACGGACUCCUUCGGCAAAAAGCAGAAUUCAUUCCUCAGCUUGAAGCAGAGGAUGAUACCAGCUACUUUGACACUCGUUCCGAUCGCUACCAUCAUUUAGCAUCUGAUGAAGACGAAGAAACCAACGAUGACGAGUCGUCUUUGGAAAUCAGACAGUUUUCCUCCUGGUCGCAUCGCUUCAGCAAGGUUUACAGCAGCACAGAACAUCUGGCGACACCAUCCAACCUGAGCUUCUCGUCGGACCGCAGUCACAGUGAAGAAAAAGAGGACCGCGGGGACGCCGGAGGAUUCAACUGGUCUCUGAGUCCAGCCGAUGGCAGUCUGGAAGCCAGGCAUUCUGGACGCAUGGCCAGCCUUCGCCCUCGAACCUCCUCCAGUUCCUCCCAGUCCGAAAGGAGCACCAGUCCUUUGGUGAUGAGCAGCACCCACAGCCUGGAGACGAUGCCCCGCUUUGCCCUCUCCACUGAUGACGAAGCCGAAGUGGUGGUGUCAAACCUCAGGAGGAUCAGGAUUCGAAGCAACAGCACCGGAGCCAAACACUCGUCCCCCAAGGACCCGGCGGCCCCUCGACGCUUCGGCAACCAGCUGGAGACUCCAGACAGACAGAAGCUUCCCAGUGGAGGAAAAGUUCCCAAAUCAGCCUCCAUCUCUGCUCUGUCCCUCAUCAUCACAGCAGAUGAUUCGCCCAGCGGCCUCCAGCCCAGUCCCAUUUCCCCACGCUCGCUGUCUUCCAACCCCUCAUCUCGGGACUCGUCCCCUAACAGGGAUUUCUGUUUCAGCCCCGGCAGCCUGAAGCCUCCGAUCAUUAUUUACACCUCAGGGAAGAAGUAUGGCUUCACCCUGCAGGCCAUCAGGGUCUACAUGGGCGACAGUGAUGUCUACACUGUGCAUCACAUGGUGUCGAGUGUGGAGGACGGCAGCCCAGCUCACCAGGCAGGCCUCCGCACCGGAGACCUCAUCACACACGUGAACGGAGAGCCUGUUCAAGGACUCGUCCACCCAGAGCUGAUUGAACUGCUCCUCAAGAGUGGUAAUAAGGUGGCUCUUCAAACCAUCGCGCUUGAAAACACGUCAAUCAAAGUGGGUCCAGCUCGAAAGACCAAACAUAAAGGGAAGAUGGCCCGUCGCAGCAAGAGGAGCAAAAGGAGAGAUAAUUACGACAGGCGACGAACCAUCUUGAAGAAGCUCUCCAAGCAGAGCACAGUGAUUCACAGCAGUCGCAGCUUCUCGUCAGGUCUCCAUCAUUCUGUUUCCUCCAGUGAGAGCCUCCCCGGCUCCCCGACGCACAGCCUGUCCCCUGGCCCCUCCACGCCCUGCAGGAGUCCAGCACCGGAACAUCAGGGCUGUGACAACUCUCCUCAGAGCACGUCCCCCUGCUCCAGCUCUCCCAGUUCUCCAGCCACACACAUCCGGCCCAACUCGCUCCACGGCCUGGGCUCCAAACUGAACACRCAGCGCUUCGCCAAGGUGGGCCGCCGCAAGUCCACCAGCAACAUCCCCCCUUCACCUCUGGCCUGCAACUCCUCCUCCAACCAGCCGCUGUCCCCGCAGCGCUCGCCGUCUCCGCUUCCGGGCUUCGCCAAAAACCUCCACACCUUCCACGGCAAAACCUUAUCCCCCCCAACCAUCGUUCGGCACGUGGUCCGGCCUCGCAGCGCCGAGCCGCCUCGGUCUCCUUUGCUAAAGAGGGUGCAGUCAGCGGAGAAGCUUUCAGGCGUGUUUCACGCCGACAAGAAGUCCUACGCCCCCCGCAGGCACACGCUGGAAGUGCCGUUUUAUGGCGAGUGCGACCUGAUGGGCGAUGCCGAGGCAGAGGGGGCGUGUGGAGGGUUUUACAUCGCUGCGGACCACGGCAGACUGGGGGGCUACAUGAGCAACCAAAGGAUGCGAGACUCCGGGACCGAACGAUCCGAGCAGCUAGUCGUGAUGAGGAAGCUCAACCUGUCGGAGCGGCGAGACUCCUUCAAAAAGCAGGAGGCGGUGCAGGAGGUGAGCUUCGACGAGCCGGAGGAGAAGAGCAGCGGCGCAGUGACGGGAACCGCCGCAGCACCGGGAGCUCAAACGCAGCAGCUGCACAGGAAGCCCUGGACGAUCGCCCAGUCUCAGAGCCGGGAGGACGUGGAGCCGGAAGUACCGGCGGUGAGGAGGUUCACGCUGGUGCCUCAGAUCGCUGUUCAGGGCUCGACGGAGAGCGAGGAGCAGGACGAGUGGGAGCCGUGCUCGGACGGAGAGGAAUCCAACGAGAACCUGGAGCUGGAGSCGUCUUCGUCCUCGCAGCAACAACCCGAACCUCUCCCUGACCGCUCUCAGGCGGUUGGAUCUACUUCCUGCGGUCAUCAAAACGCUCCAGCAUCUCUGACUGCUGAGCGCAGCGAGGAGACGCUACGAAAAGAACACACAAGGAAGUGAACACAUCACUGAACACACACUGCACUCAUUUCAGCUGCUUACAUCUGAUCUAUGAAGCCUCUCGAUUGAAACAAAAUGAAGCUGAGUUGUUUCCAGUUCGACCCAGAUAAGUGCUCAAGUUGUGAACUUACAGACUUCUCUGGCUGAAAGUGUGGAACAAAGUUUUACUUGAAUUUUGUAAUGUAAAUAUUUUGCCUUUAGGCAGUGGAGACUCUCUGGUUAUAUUUAUAAUGUUUGUAAAGUAUGAUGCAUUUCUAACAAAGAGGGAAGUUCUCAUUGUUUGAGUAGCCAAGGUUUAAAGAUUUUGUAUUCAUCAAAUGUGGUUUUAUGUUUUUUGAAUGUCUUUUUUUCUUAAAGUCUAUUUUCUAUUGUAUUGCGGUGGUACAGACAAAAUGCUGGAAUGUUGUUGGACCAAAAGAAGCAAGAAAUGAUCUUAUGAGUCACGAUUUGGUCUUUUUUUUUUCCCUCCUCAGUAUCUGUUAGAUAUGAAUAACUGCAGUUGAAUUCGUCACUGUGUUGUUCUGUUUGUCAGCAUGGAACAAUCCCACUGAAACACCACUUUGAAAGGCAAUCAUAACAACGAGACGAAGGCGACUUGAAGGUUUUGAUGUGCCAUCAUUUCAGAGCUCAUAAUCCAUAUUUGAUGAUGGGACUGACAAGCUGACACAAAGUUUUUUUUUUUUUUUUCAAAGUGUCUCUUCUCAGCUGGUCGUCAUCUUUAAAAAAAAGAAUAAAGUUGUGGAUGUUGCUGAUUUUUUGAGGUCACUUGAACUCCGAUGCAUCGUUGCAACAAUUUGUUUAGGUGGAUUCAACUUUUUGGUUAUAGUUUUGCUUUCUUUUCUUACAGUGAGAACGCGUUCUGAACUUGCAACAUGUUUGUGUACUUUCUAAAGUCUUCAACAAACAAACAUACAAAUAAAACCUUAGUGUUUGCWGUAAUAUUUCUGUAAGAAAAACCACUUAAAUGAUCUGUGUUUUGGAGUCUUGUUUACAUCGGAGGGGAGAGUGCACUAUUUUGAUGUUCAGUAUAUUUUGUAUCUAAACGUGAUCGGCAAACUGGAAGCUGCACGUUUUUCUGUAAAUCCAAAGGCAAUCUUGGAACAAUUUUUUUGUGUGUGUCUCUUUUGUACAAAUACUGAUGUAUAUUUUAGUAUCCAGUCUUUGUACCCAAAUAUGUUUGAGAAAAUUAUGUAUGCACAAAGACAAAUCGUGGAAUCAGGAUUUUUGAUAAUACUGACUUUAAGGAGUGUUUUUUUUCUCCCCAUUGUUUUUCAAUAAACUGUCAGGUUAGGAUUGAUCCACACAGGUUUCAUGUACAGGACGUUUUACCUGUAAAAAGCUGAGGGUGGUUUUAUUAAUUUUGUACCAUGUCUCCUUGUCUUGUGUUUAUAAAGCGUCAGAACUGAUCAUGUGUUACUCAAACUCCUUUUCCUCUCCUGAAAAGUCUUUAAACCUUGCAAUGACGUCCCACACAGUGCUGUUAUUGUUGGUGGACAGAGCACUCAACGGCUCAGUAAUUUCUGCAGCCUGACAGMAUUGUUUACAAUGAACAAACAUGCAGUGUACUGUACAAACACUUUAUAUCACGUGAUGAAAUGUUCUUUGAUACCAAGAAAGAAAGAAAAAACGCAACUGACGUUGAAUAGCUGUUUUGUUUUUGUUUCWAAGUACUUGUUCUUGAAGAGUAAUUUAGUACCAAACUAUGAAAUGUUUUUGUAAGUUUUACAAGCGCGUUGGAAAAAAAAAACAUUGCUGGCCUUUAGUCGCCUGUUUUUUAAGAAAAUAUACAGACUCGUAACUGAUUAAACCAAACAAGAAAUUAUAGACAAAUUGAGUCACUCAGCUAAAGCAGAAGCCUAAAUUAUUGACUCAGUUUGCACUAACACGUAAAAAAAUAAAUAAAUUGUAUCAGGUGCAAAAAUAAGACAGGAAGAAYGAUGUAGCGAACUGAAUAACAGUUGCAAAAAAAAACCUGCUCUCUAAAAUUGAGAGAUGCGACUAAAUUUGUCAAUUGAAUUUCAAAAUGUUUUUUUUAAUAAAUAGCUAGAACUUUCAUGUGAAUGUUAAACRUACUCCACCAGGCCCAGGCGGUGUGCUGCAGCCUUUAGGGCCAGCGGAGGUCAGCUGUUCAACAAAGUACCAGAUGGAGCUGUUGUACAUGUGCCCGUGUUCACCUGUGGACUCUUCUGUUCAGUGCAUGCUGCAUGAAACAAGCACUCGGCUGUAAUACUUGACUGCAUGGUAUACUGGCAUUGUUGCCCUGUACUGUGUUUUAUUGUGCAAAGAAUAAACUUUGUAUUUCUCUUUGA